AUGAAACAUGUGGUCACGUUUGGUUCACCGUUUGUAUCUUGUGGUGGUGAAAAGAUUCUGGAGGAGCUUGGUCUUGACGAGAGACAUGUUCACUGCGUGAUGAUGAUGCAUAGAGAUAUCGUCCCACGAGCUUUCUCGUGUAAUUACCCUGACUUUGUUGCUCUCAUCCUCAAACUUUUGAACGGGUCGUUCCAUGCGCGACUCCUUGUCUCAACAAAAACAAGUCUAAGGACUUUCACGUACCAAUCUGCAUUGCAUGUUACUUGGAAUCAUCUCUAUCCUCCCGGUCCAGAGGUGACAUGGCAAGUCUGGUUUUCGGAUCACAUUCCGAAGCACACCUUCUUCACAUGGGUUAAUGUCCGACAUCGUCUGGAAACUAGAGAUAGGAUGAGACAAUGGGGGCUUGACAUACCUGCUUCCUAUGUCCUUUGUGCCAAUUGCGCUGAAUCUAGGGAAAACCUCUUCUUUCAGUGUUCUUUCAGCUCCUCUGUUUGGCAACACUUUAUCAAUCGGGUUAAUCUCCACCCUCCUCAGUCCUUUGAAGCCAUUUUGGAGUGUCUUGCUCGGCCUUCAACGGACCAACACAUAACGCUCAUCUGUAGACUCUUUUACCAAGCCUCGAUGUACUCCAUAUGGAAAGAGCGCAAUGCUAGACUUCACUCUUCUGUAGCCAGACCUCCAGAUGUGAUUAUCUCUGAUAUUGAGGACACCAUCAAGCUUAAGCUUGACCCUCUAUCGAGAACAAAUCGCUAUAUUACUUCCUCCCACGUCACAGCUCUUCUUGGUACAUGGCUCUCUCCUUUCUAA